CACUUUAAUAAAAGUUUAUUGCAAAUAAACCCCCCGGUUAGAUUUAACCCAGGACCUUCUGGUGCGAGAUCAGUUCUAGGACACGAUGUCUAAAACAUCUAUUGUGUUUCUUGCAGCGAGUGCCGUGGUUGUAGGAUCUCUUCUCAACUACUUACGUAAUGAUCAAGCCUUAGAAGUUCCAAAGAUAGACGAAGAGUAUUGGGGUACGGGUGAGAGACCGGCCCAGGAGGACAAAACCGUCCGAAAAUUCGUGCUCAACGUUUCAGACGACGUCCUUGCUGACCUAAAUUAUCGUUUGGAACGCACCCGCUUUCCGGACAACUUCCACGGCGUCCAAUGGGAGUACGGCUUCGGUUUGGACUACAUGAAAGAACUGGUUACUUACUGGAAGGACGGCUUCGAUUGGCGCAAGCAAGAAGCACUGCUGAACAGUUUCGACCACUACAAGACAAAAAUUGACGGGCUUGACCUACAUUUUAUCCACGUGAAACCGAAGCUGAAGCCCGGCCAGAGCUCGAAGCCUCUUCUCUUGGCACAUGGUUGGCCCGGGUCCUUCUUCGAAUUCUACAAGGUCAUUCCAGUACUGACGGACCCCUUGGCACAUAAUGGCACCGAGGAGGACAUAUUUGAGGUCAUUGUACCUUCCAUCCCUGGGUUCGGCUUUUCUCAACCUGCUAGCAAACCAGGACUGGAAGACUCGGCCACGGCUGUGCUGUACCUGAAACUGAUGGACAGACUCGGGUUUGACGCGUACUACGUACAGGGCGGGGACCACGGCAGUGUCAUCGUCUCUGUCAUGGCCAUGCUCAACCCGAAGGUAGUUCGCGGGAUCCACCUGAACAUGUACACCGGGAACACGGAGACGAGUUUCCUCGUCAAGCUGCUAGUGGGGAGCGUCUUCCCGUCUCUGAUCGGAAUGUCUGAAGAGGACUAUCAAAAGGUGUAUCCGCUGUGGGACCGAUUUCUGUGGAUCCUGUCAGAGACUGGGUACCUCCAUAUGCAGGCCACCCGCCCACACACCAUAGGACACGCUUUAGUUGACUCCCCUGUAGGAAUGGCUGCUCAUAUACUGGAGAAAUACGCCUCCUGGACUAACCCCACAUUCUCUCACUUACCGGACGGAGGGCUGGAGAAACAUUUUACUAAGGACGAGCUGCUGACGACAGUGAUGAUAUACUGGGUAUCGGGGACGGUUGUCUCCACCCUCCGGCUGUACAGGGAGACCAUCAGCGCCCGCAAGUUCCCCAUCAUCUCCGCCGCUCACGCCAUUCCUAUCGACAUACCGUCCGCCAUUGCUGACUACCCUCACGAGUUGUUCCACACACCCGAGCCCUGGUGUCACGACCGUCUCCGCAACCUGCUGCAGUACACCACCAUGCCGCGAGGGGGACACUUCGCCGCCCUGGAGGUGCCAGACCUCUUCUCUCAGGACAUCCGGGACUUUGCACGAAAGGCAGAAGCAUUCUGGCGUCGUCAAAGUCAAGACUAGACGUGUAACAGUGGGAGGUUUAUAGGCGCUACCAACUGACCCGGUCUAGACCUUUUAGCCGAAUCGUUAGGGCGUCUGGGUUAUGGAC